GCUUAGUUGAAACAGUCGUUACGUUUUGUUUCCCGCCGGAAGCGUUCCGUCGGCGGUCCUUUCUGCUUCCGUGUCUGUGAGGAGAGGAGCGGUGUGAUUCCAGAGGAAGCUUCUUCCCGUCACAAUGCAGGACCCAAACGAGGACACCGAGUGGAACGAUAUCCUGAGGAAGAAAGGCAUUCUUCCUCCCAAAGAGGUUCCUAAAGAUGACGAAGAGGAGGAGUUGGCUCUUCAGCAGCAGUCGGUCGUUAAAACCUACGAGGACAUGACGCUGGAGGAACUGGAGGACAACGAAGACGAGUUUGGUGAAGACGACGAAGCCGCCAUCGAGAUGUACAAACAGAGGCGACUCGCCGAGUGGAAGGCGACGCAGAUGAAGAACAUCUUUGGGGAGAUGGUGGAGAUCUCCGGGCAGGACUACAUCAAGGAGGUCAACGAGGCCGGAGACGGCAUCUGGGUGGUGCUGCACCUCUACAAACCCGGCAUCCCUCUGUGCACCCUCAUCAACCAGCACCUCAGCUCGUUGGCCAGGAAGUUCCCCCAGACCAAGUUCCUCAAGUCCAUCUCCACCACCUGCAUCGCCAACUACCCCGACCGCAACCUGCCCACCGUCUUUGUGUACCUGGGGGGGGAGAUGAAGGCCCAGUACAUCGGCCCGCUGGUCUUCGGGGGCAUGAACCUCAAAGUGGACGAGCUGGAGUGGAGGCUGUCGGAGUCCGGCGCCGUGAAGACAGACCUGGAGGAGAACCCCAAGAAGCAGAUCGAAGACAAGCUGAUGUCCUCCAUCAGGAGCUCACUCCCCUCGGGGAGGGACAGCGACUCUGAGGACGAGGACUACUAACAUUUCAUAUCUGUCUUUUUACAAAAGCAUCAGACAAAACUGUAACUUUUUUAUUACGUUUGAUGAUAUUUAUGUCACAAAAUGUACAUUUCAAUCUGGGAUUAAAUGUGAGUUCUCCUCUUUGCCACAA